AUGCUCACCGUCAUCCCUUCAUUCUCCCACCUUGUUGUCCUCCUCUUCCUGCUGGAUUCCGGUUCUGCCACUGAAGAGGACACUAUGGUGGUCACCAGUAAUGGACCUCUUAAGGGCAAGAGGCUUCAGGUUGGUUCUGGUGCUGUGACUGCUUAUCUGGGCAUCCCGUACGCAGAACCCCCCAUGGGGAUGCUGCGGUUCCAGAAGCCCCGGCCACAUCAGCCGUGGAGCCACGUUUUGGAGGCCACCAGCUUUGGCAACUCAUGCCACCAGGAAACUUUUUAUUUAUUGCCUUAUUCCAGAAUGUGGGUUGCCAACACACCAUUUUCAGAAGACUGUUUGUAUCUCAACAUCUGGGUGCCGUACCCUCAGCCUACAACACCAGCUCCUAUCCUUGCUUGGAUCCAUGGUGGGGGAUAUGUUGCUGGUGCCGGUUCUCUUGACAUAAGUAAUGGAGCGUUCUUAGCAGCUACAGAGAAUGUCAUUGUGGCCUCCAUGAACUACCGCUUGGGGGUUCUGGGUUUUCUUUUCUUCCCUCCAGAUGCCCCAGGGAACAUGGGCUUGUGGGAUCAACAGCUGGCUGUGCAAUGGUUGAAGGAGAAUGCAGCUGUCUUUGGUGGUGACCCAGCUCAAUUGACUCUCUUCGGCCACAGUGCGGGAGCAGCCUCAGUGGGCUUGCACCUCUUGUCACCAGCCAGCCAGCCCUUUUUUGCUCGGGCUGUGCUACAGAGUGGAGCUCCCAACGCCCCCUGGGCUUGGAGGGAACCUGAGAUGCUCAAAAGCUGUACCGUGAGGAUGGGUCACAUACUGGGCUGUCCUAAUAAAAACCACAGUAAUGUUGUGAGCUGCCUACAGAGAAUGGAAAUCAAAGCGGAUGGAUUCGAUGAGUUCAAUUUUCUCUUCUCACCCACCACGGAUGGUGACUUCCUUCCUGCUGAGCCGCAAAAGCUUCUGGAGAGCGGGCAGGUUCAUGCCAAACCACUUCUCGCUGGAGUCACGAGUGACGAUGGGUCUGUCUAUGUGUUAUAUUUUGUUCCUGGUGGCGUUAAAAGUGAUGGGAUACUGACCUGGGAGCAGCUCCUGGAAGGGGUGAGGGCAACAGCUCAACACCGCAUUGUAAAAGAUGUCAAAGCUGUAGCACUGAAAUACCUUGAGAAUGGCCAUGGGCCAGAACACUACCGUUGGGCGAUGGCCCAGUUAUCAAGAGAUUACUUUUUUGUAUGCCCACUGAUUGAAAUUGCUGCCAAGGUAGCAGAAACAGGAAGUCCUGUGUAUGUCUACUCCUUCAACCACCACAUGUCUGGCUUCAUUUGGCAUGAAUGGAUGGGGGCAGCCCAUGGAGCUGAGCUGCCUUACCUGUUUGGAACCUUGUUGACAGUGCGGGGAACCAACCAAUCCUUGACCAAGGCCGAGGCGGAGGCUGAGGCUGCACUGAGCCGCAAAGUGAUGCGGUACUGGGCAGAAUUUGCCAGAAGUGGGAAUCCUGGUGGGUCUACAGCCAGCAAAGUCCAGUGGCCACUCUAUAAUGCCACAGACCAGAAUUUCUUUCGCAUCAGCACAGAGGAUCCCCAAGUUUUGCAGACGUCCCCUGCUCAGCACUGUGAUUUCCUGGCAAUGCAAUUCCUGAACGAGACAAAAUGGAACUAUAUUGCAAAAAUGUUGUCUGAAGACUUGCGGUGA